AUGGACUUUCAAAAUGUAAAUUUGAUAAGUGUUCGGCUGAACAUGAUCUCAGGCAAUUUGUUACCUAUAGCUGAAGACGAUACGCCCUUUCCUGUAUUCUGGAAAAUAUAUAGCGUUCUAGUGUGGUUGCUUGAAAUAGUACAAGUUUGUGCUUUAAUUCCUGGAUGUCUGUUUGUACCAAAAGAGAAGGCUUUAAAAGAUGGUGUGAUUGGACUUGUCAUGAUUAUGGAAGUUGUUUUUAUGGUUGCGCGAAUUCAUGCACGAAAAGAUCUCGUUUUGCAAUUAAUUCAAAAAAUGAACAAUAUCAUGCGCACUGGAGACGAGAUGAUGAGAGACAUUAUAAUAACAACCCUGAAACCGAUGGAUAUUCCGAUCAAAUGCUACUGGUUGGCUGGUGUAGUGUCGAUAAUCAUGUGGAAUAGCGCACCAUUUGCGUUGAUUUUUCAGAAGAAUGUAUUUUUUUAUGUAGAUUACAGACAGCCAGUUACUUUUGCUAAAGAGCCGCUCUCGAUUAGUAUCUUCAUAAUAGGAAGUAUUAUCGUAACGACCAGCGGCGUGUAUCUUUUUACAAAAAAAACCAGCGUUGAUUGUUACAUGAUACAUCUGAUGUUGCUGAUAACAGCACAGUACAAAUACACUGCGAGAAAGCUUGCACAGACAUUUCAAAACAAACUUUCACAAAAUAAUUAUGUUAAUACUGGACAAACAUAUGGUUGUAAAAUAAAUUAUUAUGCGGAAGAAAUAAAAAGUGUAUGUCGGCACCACAACACGACUGUACAGAUGUCUCUAUUGCUACGUGAACUGGUAGCUUCACUCUUUAGUUUAAUAUAUGUAAACAGUGUUUUACGAUUCUGCUUUGUGGCUAUACUGGUGAUUUCAAUACCAUCAACGGAUUUAUAUGAGGGGUCCUUCAUUAUCAUAUACGCAUCAGCAGCAAUAGUACAACUUUAUUUAAUCUGUUCUUGCGUACAACAGUUAGUAAAUGCGAGUGUUGAAAUAACGGAUCAAGCAUUUCAUGAAGAAUGGUAUCGAUUCGGAACACGCAUAAAACGUACAUUUCUAUCUUUAAUAAUGGCUAAUAAUUUAGGACUUAACCUUUCUACUUUUGAAAAAUAUAAUUUAUCUUUAUCGUCGUUUAUGACGGGCUCCGAUUGCUAA